AUGGCUUUCUUUCAGCCCCAAGCAAAAACAGUGCCAAAGCACACAGUAGACCCUGUGCUGCAGCCAUGGAUCGAGAAAUAUCGUCCGAAGACCAUUGACGAUGUCUCUGCGCAGGAACAUACUGUGACAGUGCUACGCAAGGCACUCUUGUCAACAAACCUGCCUCACAUGUUAUUUUAUGGGCCACCAGGCACUGGCAAGACCUCGACUAUUCUUGCUCUCGCCCGACAAUUAUUUGGGCCAGACAACUUUCGCAAUCGGGUGCUAGAACUCAAUGCUUCUGAUGAACGAGGUAUCAGUGUUGUCAGGGAGAAAAUUAAGACAUUUGCUCGGCAAACACCAAGGGCGCAAGCUGCCAAUUCGGAUGGCAAGAGCUAUCCCUGCCCUCCGUAUAAAAUCAUAAUUUUAGAUGAGGCGGACUCUAUGACUCAAGAUGCACAGGGAGCUCUUCGACGUAUUAUGGAAACCUACGCGCGAAUCACCCGUUUCUGUCUUGUGUGCAACUAUGUUACGCGGAUAAUCGAACCUCUAGCAUCUAGAUGUUCGAAGUUUCGGUUUACCCCACUCGACCCGCUAUCGACAUCCUCACGGCUUACCCACAUUGCAGCAGCGGAGCAUGUGGAAGUCACCCCGGAGGUGGUGACCACUUUGAUAGAUGCUUCUAAUGGCGAUCUACGACGUUCUAUCACAUACCUACAAUCUGCCUCUCGAUUGUCCUCGUCAGCCGACCCACCAACACCCAUCACGCCAAGAGAUAUCCAAGAGAUUGCCGGAGUAGUCCCCACCACAGUAGUAAAUGAUCUCGCGAGAACAUUGGGGCUGGAUGUGGGCAGUGACAUGGUAGUCGAUGCUGUCACUCCCAAGCGAAGAGGUUUUGACGCUAUUCAAACGAAGGUCAAAGAAGUCAUUCGCGAAGGUUACUCUGUGGCGCAGUUGUUGUCUCAAAUGUUACCUGCACGGCAGAAGGCUACUUGUGCACUGGUGAUAGCUGAGGCAGACAAGGCUUUAUGUGAUGGCGCAGACGAGGAACUUUGGUUACUAGAGGUUGCAAUGCAAACCUACAAAGCGCUGUCACGCUAAUCUUAUCGCCCAUUUUUUUGCAUGGUUGCAUACGAGAAAUCAUUCAAUUGCAAGAUAAUAGCAUGACAGUUGAUUCAAGUUACUGCGGUGUACUUUUCGCGCGUAAAUGAUGUGACAUCACCGAAUACCAGCGGUCGCCUUCUGCAAUGCACGCUUGACGCCAAGUUGAGCUUUCCUAAGCUCAUCGGCGGUCGAAUCUUCAAUCUCGAGCUUCUCAAGAGCGCGGGCCAGUUCAGCCUCGACCUGUUGCUUGGCGCCACGCUUGAGUUUCAUGCCAAUCUCUGGGGAGGUGAUGGUCCCC